UCGCUGGUUUUCGUCGCAGCUAUCACGGUCAAUUUACGUCUGCAAUAUCAUGAAAGAGAAAGUUUUAAGAUCCCGUUAUUUCAAUUAAAAUAUCCUAAGACUAUUAUAUAUAUUCUGAGAUUACUUUUUGUUUUUAUACUUUAUUUGUAACCGAUCUGAACAAAACGUUUUGAUCGAUUGUUUGUUUUUAAACACUUUUCAAUAGUUGGCUUAUAGCUCGGUCAGCGUCCUAGAUGUCAAUACUGUUUGAUACCUAUUUUUAUACGUAAUUGUCGAACAUACGUCAUGAAGGAACAGUUUUGCGCUCUCUCGUAGCCUACCAGAGUCGGAAGACAAUAAUUAAUUUUAGUCGUACAUCUACAGCCGAUGCAGUAGUUAGUUCACUGUUCUCUUAAUAAAAAUAGUAUACCAUACGACGUCUACAACUAACAGUGUGGUCCCGUCUCUAAGUGAAAAUUUGACAUAGUUUAAAAAAUCCUAACAAAAUAUGCAACGUGAUAUGGACUACGAUGAUGUCUAUGUGGACGUACGUUCGCUGCCGCUCAAGCCGCCGCAACCGCAGCUGCCUCCGGAACGAGCGGUUCGUCGGCCCUGGCAUCCUGUCAUGUGGGACAGCUCUAUUAUCGGUAUACCACCACCAGACGUCCCGGUAAACGACGAGUCUCAGCCCAAGUCUCGCGAGUACCCUCAUAAGCAACGCAUACGGAACUUGCGGCGACUCAUCGCUGAAGGAAAAGUGAACCCCACACCUGAAACACUAAUUUUCUUCCUCUGCAACAAGUUUGCUAUUUCGGACGAACGAAAAAUAAAGAGCAAGCCGUGAUAUUAAUGUAAUCAAUUAUAUUAUUCGUAUAUUGUUUUGUGAGUGUGGGUUUGUAAAUAUAAAAAAAAAAAUCUAUUAAAAAUCUAACUUCGUAACUUUAA